AUGAACGCGUACGAAACCAAAGUCCUCCAAAAACUCCGAAACGACUUAGAGCGUGAAGGGUUCCACCUCGCCCCGGGUUGGAGAGUCGCCAUCGAAACUCGGAAAUCCGGCGCGACGAAAGGAGGGACCGAUAAGUACUACUUCUCCCCGGAUGGACGAAAACUGAGGUCGAAAACGGAAGUGAUGCGGUUUUUAUCCUCAACUACUUCCGAUGAGAAGAGCAAAAGAGGAGGACGAGGAAGAGCGACGAAAGUGGCGAAGAUGAUUGAAAAGGAAAACAUCGCGGAAGAGCAUAACACGAAGAAGGAAAAGAAGAAGAAGAAGAAGAAGAAGAAGAAAGCGGCAACAUUCGGUUUGAAUUUUGAAAAUCGACAAUUAAAGGAGCAAGAGGAGGACUACGAAACGCAGACGAAGCGUCAAAGACUCGAACACUAUCGAGAGCAAUUUCCUCAACAUCAAGAAAGAGAAGCGACAAUUUUCGUCGCCGGGGUUGAAGAAGACGAGGAGGAAGACGACGACUUAGAAGACGGUAUAGUGCAGUUGCAACAGUCGCAAGACUCCGAGCAAGGGUUUUGCGAGUUGAGCUCGUUCGUGCACGAGUUGUUGGAAGCGCCGAGGACCGCGACGACAACCGCGACGACGACAAAAGUGAGACAAAGCGCAGAAGAUUUAGCAGAGUUAGAAGAAAUGAGCGAAGAACAGAUGUUGAACCGGUAUUUUCGGUUGACUGGGUUUGAGCCGCAAUACGCGGACGUGUACGAGUUGAGGAGGAUGUUAGCGAGCGUAAGCAGAGGACACGCGAGGAACGCGAUGAUGGGCGGCAAUAAUGAUACCGGCGGUUUAGAAAGAACAGCGAGUGGUGAGUUGAAGUUACAAAGAGAGUUGGUGUUUGAAACCGCCGAAGCGAAAUUUUCGAACGCGAUGAGUGCGGUGCCGAAAUAUCUUGGGAAUACGACGUACGCCAGAGACGCUUCGCCCGCGAGGUAUCCAAUGGCGAUUACAACGACACCAACAAUGACGAUGCAUCAACAACAUCACCAAUAUCCAUCAGAACAUAAUCAACGUCAACGACCCCAGGAUCCAUCUUCGUCUUUCAUCAUGCAACGCGUCACUGGUUCGCGCUUGCAACAGCAAAAUAGUCAAGCGAUGGUCGUCGGUGUCUCGAAAGCGUUCGAUCCGCUUGACCAAACCACCGUGAACGAAGUCUGCGGAGCUUUAUCGUUACAGAACGAAGAAGCUAAAAUGUUCAUCUCGCAAAGAGACGACGAGCUGCGCCAAAUAACGACAAUCGUGGAAGGAUGUUUGAGAGACCACCGGUCGGGUUCGAUUUACGUCGGCGGCUUGCCCGGUACUGGGAAAUCGUUAACGCUGGGUGCGGUUGAGAAAACAGUCAAGAAGUGGUCGUCGUCUGCGACUGGCGUCGCUAAAUCGCGCCCGCCAAAAGUCUGUUCGAUCAAUUGCAUGGCCAUCCAAGGGAAGCCAACGUCCGUGUUUAAGCGCAUUUGCGAGCAAUUAGACAUCGUGCCUACGGAGGAAGACCGAACCCGAGGUAAAGCCGAGUGUUCGGACAUGUACGAAGUGUGCGCUGAAAUUGCCGCUUUACGUCGGUUCGUGAGUGGAGGUAAAGUUAGUGGUGAAGCCGAGCGGUACAUGUGCGGCGACGACGAGGACGAUAACGACGGCAUCGAUCACCGCCUCGCUUUGAUGAACGGUGAUGCUGCUCAUCCGCACAAAGCCGAUCACCACUUGUCAAUGGUUAUCAUCCUUCUCGAUGAAAUGGAUCAACUCGAAUAUCGCGAAGCGGCUAUUCUGUACGAGCUUUUUGCUCUUCCGUCGCUCCCGCAUUCGCGGUGCAUUUUGGUCGGCGUUUCCAACGCCAUGAACUUGACAGACAAAGCGUUACCGCGCCUUCGCGCGCGCGGAUGGGAACCAUCCUUAGUGCGAUUUACCGCGUACACGUCCAUUCAGCUCAAACAACUGCUUUGCGAACGCGUGCAGAAAUACGACGCGUUCGAGUUGAACGCCUUGGAACUUUGCGCGCGAAAAGUUUCUGCGCAAACCGGGGACAUGCGCAAAGCUUUGCGCGUGUGCACGGACGCCUUGCAACUCUGCGUCGACGAAGCCAGGCUCCGAUACGAGUCCAUUGAACGCGAAGGGUGCGUCAUCCUCGACAACGGCGACGUCGUCGAAGGUCCCGCGCUGGCGACGCUGCCGCCCAUCCACAAAAUCAAAGUCUCGCACAUGGCCAGAGCCGUCUCCAAAAUCUUCCAAAACCCAGUCGUGGAAACCAUUCGAGCUUUACCUCAGCAGCAACAAAUGAUCUUGUGCUCGUGCGUCCGCGUAUUUGGCGAGAGAACUGACUUCAACAAAUCCGCGAAAGAAAUCACUCUGCGCGAACUCCUCUCCCGGUACACCAACUUGUGCAAAGAGGCGAAAAUACGCGAGAUGGUCCCUUCGGAUUUUAGCACCGCGUGCCAACGACUCGCAGAUUCUCGAUUGUUAUCCAUCAAAAACGGGUCGGAAGAAUACAACAGACGCGUUCACAUGUUGGUCCAACGAGACGACGUCUUGUUCUCGUUGCAAGGCGUGCGGUUCUUCGCGAACUUGUUAAGCGUCUGA